AUGAGUGGCAUCGCACUGUUUUUCUGUCUCUACGCGCACGGCUGGGACAAUCCCAACCAAUGCAACUCGUCUCACCUACGCGUUACCGGCGUUAUGACGACGUUGCCGGGUAUAUGGCGAUUGAUGCAAUGUCUGCGACGUUACAAAGACACUGGAAACAAGUUCCCUCAUCUCCUGAACGGCGGAAAGUACAUCGCAACCAUCCUGUUCUAUGUCUCCACCAGCAUCUACCGCAUGGACCAGAAACCGUCUACCAAGGCAGUCUUCAUACUGUUUGCAACCAUCAACGGCAUCUACACGAGCUUCUGGGACAUCUACUACGAUUGGAGUCUCGGUGACCCACAUGCCAAGCAUCCCUUCCUGCGUAAGGAGCUGGGAUACAAGAAAGUGUGGUGGUAUUAUACUGCCAUGUGCAUUGAUCCGAUCUUGCGAAACAACUGGGUUAUGUACCUGGUCACGCCCCUGCAGCUUCAGCACUCAGCGACUACUUCCUUCUGUGUCUCACUCAGUGAGAUCUUCAGAAGAGGCAUGUGGUCCGUAUUCCGUGUCGAGAACGAGCACUGCACGAACGUCGGUCGAUUCCGCGCAAGCAGAGAUGUACCACUGCCGUACUACCUCCCCCUGGACGCAGAAGAGGAAGAGGAUCACACCUCUGGUAUCCCUCGAGCACCCACACUCAUCGACGAAGAACAGCCCGACGAGUCCCGCCCCUACACUCCAACCGAGAACAACAACCAAGUCCGCCGCCCAGCUACAGCUUCAGGAGCAGAUCUCGAACACUCACAGUCGAAUACGCGCAAGCGCCGCGGCCCUCAAGACGACUUCCGUCCCUCUCCUCUCCAGCGCGCGUUCACUCAUGUCGGCGAAAUCUUCCGCGACGCCCACGCUGAGGACUUUGAACGCAAGACGAAACCGGAGCUUGGCCGCGAUCCUCGCGAAUCGAAUAAAGCCGACGACGACGAUACAGAUGACGAGUCUGAUAACGAGGACGAGCAGGAGCAGGAGGCGUUGGUCAACGCCGAUGGCAGCGAUGGCUCGGAUAGUAGACAUAGCAUUGCUGAAGUUGAAGUCGACGAUGAAGUGGCGGAUGAAGAGGAGCAGAGUGCGCUGUCGAGGAUACGCGAGGAUUUCAAUAUUGGAGUUACUGGGGCGAGGAGCGAUCAUACGCAUCAGAAGUAG